AUUAAAUAAAUAGUUUAUGUUUGGUUGGUUCAAAAAGAAGAAGCCUGAAUCUAAUUCAGCUUAACAAGAAGAGAAAGAUGAAAGUGAUAAUGUUGAUGUAUUUUAAUAUGAUAAAAAAUAAAAGGAUGAGACAUAAGUUGUUACAAAUGAAGAUAAAGAAUUAGAGGCGAAAGGGUUUGAUCCAAUAGCUUAAGUAUAAGAAUAAGAUAAAGAAAAUGAAGGUAUUGCUGAUCCAGAUAAAUUGGAAUAUGUUGGAUAUCAUGAUAUUCCAGGAGAUGACAUUCUAUAAUUGGUGCUUAAUUUUAAAUAUUUUCCAAAUGAUGAAGAAAUACGUCAUAUAGAAGGAUAUGAAAAGGGAGGCAGAAUUUGUGCAGAUAAGAAAGUAGUAACUAAAGCAAGAAGUGUAGGAAAAGAGAUGGUUAAAUAAAUAGGAAAGAAAAUAUUAUCAGGAUCAUUAAAUCUUACUAAAGUUAGUUUCCCUAUUAGAGUAAUGAUCCCUAAGACUGCUUUAGAAACAUCUGUUCAUGGAAGUAAUAUUAAUUAUAAUUAAAUUAGCUUCUGUUUUUCCAUUGUAUAUUACAAAAGCAACAAUGACUCCAGAUUUCUUAGAAAGAUUCAAACUUGUUAUUACUGCUACCUUAUCUUCAUUCUUUUGGACUAAUACAUUUUUAAAACCUGUAUUUAUAUAUUUUAAUAAGCUUAAUCCAAUACUUGGAGAAACACUUUAAGCUAAUUAUAAUGAUGGAACUUAAGUCUAUUGUGAAUAAAUUAUGCAUCAUCCUCCUGUUAGUUAUUUUUUAGUUUAUGGUCCUAAUAAAAAAUAUAAAUAUUAUGGAUAUUAUUUAGUUGAAGGAAGAGCAGGAUUAAAUUCUGUUACUGUAAAUUUAUUUCACUUAUAUAAAAGAUUAUUAACAAAGGUAAAAGAACUAUUGAAUUUAAUGAUGGAUAAAAAAUUGAUUUUGACUUUCCUAAUGAAUUAUACAGUGGCACAUUCUUUGGUUAAUUAAGAUAAGAAUCCAUUAAUAAAAUUACAUUCUCUGACAAAGCCAAUGGUCUUUCAUGUAUCGUUGAUAUUGGCAAAGUUAAAAAAAAGUAAACCCUUUUUCCUAUUAAAGAACUUCUGAUUUCUUUUAGGCUGAUGUCAACUUUAAAGGUUAAAAAGUAUCAACAUUAUAUGGAACUUAUAUUGGUUUCAUUAAUUUUGAUAAUGUGAGAUAUUGGGAUUACAGAUAUGUUGUUCCUUUUAAAAUUAAAAUGGAUAAAUAACCAUUAGAAAGUGAUCAUAAAAAUCGUUCAGAUUUAUAGGCUUUGAAAUCUGGAGAUAUUCCAUUAGCAUAAAAAAAUAAAGAAAUUUUAGAAAAUAUUCAAAGAAAUGAUAGAAAAUUAAGAGAAACAUAUGAGAAACAAAAAAAGUCUAAGAAAUGA